CCUCUUCUUUCGUCUCGCCCUCUUUCGCCAACUACUCUACAAACCGACAACCGCUCUCUUUGCCCGUUUGAAGCACCUCGACUCAUUCUCACGCCAAACCCCCGUCGACACUCAGCUAACAUCUCUGUCCCCUUUUACCCACUGCCUCGACUACUCGCUCCUCCAACCUUUCUGCUAUUGGCCCAGUAUUGAGACUCCAACGGUCCCGCCAGAGUCCAGCCAAUCUCAUUAUUGAGACCCAUUCGACUCAAUCCGAAUCAACCCCCCGCUGGAUCACAAACAAAGACUUCAACGACUGUAGCUACACUCCUUUGUCCGCCUGCGUCUGCCCAUCUGUCCGACCCGGCAACUUCACGGCCAGAGGGUGGCGCGCAACCUUGUGCGCUUUUCAUGUUCUCCCCUCCUCGACCAUCUGCCAUACCACCAUCUCCUACCUCACCCCCGAAAUCGGGCCUGAAACGAAGACGACCCUCAGACAUCGACAGCAUCCCUCAAACCCCCAUAUCUCCUCCGUUUAUGUCAGUAGCCACGAAAAGCUAUGUUUCUGCGUAUGGAAACUCCCAUAAUACGGACGACGUCUCGGGUCGCUCGUCACCGCAGUCCCCCGCCCUCUCCGGGCCCCGAGCAGUAUCUUCUUCACACAACAACCCUAGAUCCGCAACAUCAAUACCUACUCCGGCCAAUAGCGUGACCGGUAUUCCAGGACUAGAGAUGAUAGAGGACAAUGACCAACACCGUGACAAGCGGGCUAGAUUGGACCACGAUGGAGACGAGGACAUGAGUCGCAUGGAGAUCGAUUCUACUACACAGCCUACUAAUCAUGACCGGCAAGACAGCAGGGACAUGGACGGACAGCAGGGACAAAAUUCGGGCUUCACUGACGGCAGAUCUCAGACUGCUAUGCAACAGCAGAAAGACUUGGGGGAACCUUUUCUUCUCCGAAGAUCUAAAAUCCGCGCUCAAGGUCCUGACCCUCAGCAACAUCUCUUAGCGAUGUAUGGUUUAGGUCCGUUGCUGCGGAGUGUUGCUCGAACAGACCCCAAGACAGGCGAGAAGAUCAACAAACUUCGAAAGUCAUACGAAGGCCAGGUCAAAAUGUUUGGCUUGGCGGGAAAGACGAGGACGAUCAAAGGAGAACGAAAUGUGGACGAGGACCAACCUGGUCCUUUGCGUCGCAUGGUAGGUUCGACUGCAUGGGGUCUGGAGACGGAUGAACAAUGGAAUGCUACCCACGGCUCGUCCAAGAUCGAAGUGACGGCAGAUUUUAAGUCGAAACUCAAGCAAGCGGCCCAGAUCCAACCGGGUCUAUGCGCCAACAAUCAGUGGUGGGAAAACGAACUUGGACUAGCAGACCGACCCAGAAUUCCGCCCACGGUGCAGCAGCCGCCUGUGAGUGCACUCGGACCCUCCAGAAUACCUAAUGGUGUACAGCGGCCGUUGCCAGGACAGGCCGGAGAGGCCAAGCGGAGCACUCGCGGCAAGAAGAGGAGCUACAGCGACGACAGUUUUGUCGGAUAUGGGGAAGGCUAUUCAGAAGGCGAGGAUGCCGGGACCGGGGAUGAGUAUGGCGGGACCAGAAAACGGCGAAAGGUAAUGUCGAUGAUACCUGAGGGCUAGACGGAAUGCUCACCUAGGGCAGGACAUUGUCGGACAUACACCGGUGACUUAUGGACAAUAUGCAGGCCGUUGAAGCACCGACAAGAGGAGGCACAUGUGACUACAGCACAAUGAUUGCGGCGAUGCUUUUCAUGGCGACUGACGGACGCCAACGCGAUUUUGCGAAGAUACCCCAAUGAGGAUGAAUAGAUUGAAUGGCACGUCUCAGCUCAACCAAUUGCAAACGAGAUGAGAUGCGAUGCGACAGAAGUGAACUGGUGCUUUGGUCGUGGUAAUGAGGCGUUCUGCCAUUUUGGCCCUGGGUGGUCACGAGGAAAAUUAUGGGUAGAAGGAGUUCCAAUUGCUACUUGAAGAGAAAAGGGAAUCAGUGCUGGGAAAGCUGAGAAUCCCAACAUGUUUUUAGCAGGAAAGCUCAAGUUCGAGGGGAAUGGAUGAGGCAUGCCAGCCAUAGAUGUGUGUACCAGUCCUGAGUAAAUUCAUCAAAGAAAUAGGAUGAGAAGGCCGUAUCUACACAUAUGAAUGAACUUGUGACGUCGUCUGGCUGCUGAAGGCGUCUGGGGGGCCGAGGGGUAUCGCUG